AUGGGGCUCUAUAAGGUGAAGCCCUAUACUGAUUAUGAACAAAUGAGUAUCUCCUGUGUCUACUGUGAGAGCAGGACCAGGGUUCUGAUAAAGCAGGAGAGAAGAAAGCAGAAGGAAUACUUUGAAAAGAACAAGUUAAAAUCAAAAAUGAAAUUACUAGGAGUUUUUUCACCUGUGAAGAAUACCACUGCCAGCUUAGACCUUCUUAAUCUGUAUAUGGUAAAUCAGAUAUCGUCCAAGAAGGAAACACCUGGAACCAUGAAAAGACCAACUUAUGUGAAUAUGAACAGAGAUUUGAAAAUCCCACUAAGAAAGCAUGAUUUAGAACUUCCGAUGUCACCUCACUGUGUCCCUUCUAAACUGUGCAUUGAUGACAUGGGGAAGACUGUACCCUAUCAAAGAUUAUGUAGCAAGGAAGAAACUGGCCCAGUUCAGUCAUCACAAGACAUGAACUCAUACAGAAUGUUCCACAGAGCAGAAAGCUACAGUUACAUUCCACCAUCUUUUCCAGCAGAAUUACCUUCUAACAGACAUAUUCCAAACCAAAACUCCACCCCAAGAAUAGCACCAAAUCCUUGGAAAUAUGCAUAUGAGAAAAAACAAAAUGAGCAGUUCAGUAAUGGAAAAUUUUCUGAUCCCUUAUUUUCCAAAUUACAUAAAUGUCAAGAUAUUUUCAGUCCAUCUCAGAGAACAGCAGAGUUUGGAGCAUCCUGUGAGAGAAUGAGCAGUUCAGAAACUGGUGAUUUCUUUACUAGAAGAUCUGUGAUUAUGGGGGAAGACUGUGGAAGCCUCUGUGAAAGAAGACAGCCAGACUUUGCUAUGGAAAAAACAUCAGUGCAACAGAUUUGGGGGAAUAAUGGGAAAGAAUUCUCCAAUUUUCUUGAAGAUGUGAGCCAGCCAAAUCAGAGACAUCUGUCAUACAAUCAUGACUCGGACACAUUUGUCAGUCAUAACAUGAUCCAGUUAUUGAGCAGAGAUCAGCCAGGGAGAAUGGCAGCCUUCCCAAAGGGUGGUUAUGAUGGUUUGAGUGGCGCCUGUGUGGCUCCUUGUCAUGGCAGCCACUCCACUAGUGGGUUCACUAGAGGGAAUUUUACAGUUCCACAAGUAGCUCUUCCUAAUCCUCCUCUGAAUACAAGUUACUUAGGAACCUGUCAGUCAAAGAAGCCCUACCAGAAGGAGUCCAACAGUAGUGAAAUAUGUGAAUUUAGUUCUUUUGAGAAAGAUUGUCACCCAGCCAGAUGUGGAAGAAAAGGAAAUAUUGAAAGUGAUGACCAAGAGGAAGCGCUGCAGAGAAAUACCUGGGAAUACCCAGUGUAUUCUAUGGGCGAUAUUCCUUUGAAAGAAUUACAUCAUAAGCAGUCAUGUGAUUUUGACCAUAAUGAGAUGGAAGGAAGAAGAAUGUGUCCUUUAAAAGGGAGGUCAAGGUCUACUGAGAAAAUAUAUCUGGAGUCCCCGCAGAGCAGCCAGUCUGCCAGCUACUCUCCACGGCCCACAGAGAGCACUUUCAGCUCCAGUUCUGACUUGAUAUCUGAAGACGAAGAUCAGAUACAGCAGCAAAUUGAAGAUUCAAAUAAGAAAGCCACAGAAACAACUGAUAACAUUUGUCUAGAAAAGGUGGAAGAUCAUUUAGGUGACAUAAUUGUGAAAGACAGUGUCAAAAUUCAUAAUCAGAGUGAUAAUGUUCACCAGUCUUCAGUGAAAAAUGAUGCUGAUAAAUGUCCAGAGUCUCAGUGCAAUUCAGAGCACAUAUCACAAAACCAAACCAAUAAUGACUGUGUGCUUCCGGCUGGGCGAUGUGACAUAGGGGUGCAGACUGAGAAAGAGCUGGGUGUGGGGAAAACAGCAGAUGCUGCCGUACAGUGUACCAUGCUUUGCCAAUGCUCAUGUCAAAGUUGGCCCGACGUUCCCAUGGAAGAGGUGCCUUCCCUUCAGGAGGCUGGCAGCUGCCGUGAAGAUCUCACGGCAGAUACCACUGGAGGGCAGGAGACACAGAUAGAUGAGAACUCACUCUAGAGUCUCUGUUUAGAGUGCAGGGUUUCAUUUAACCGUGGAAGGCAAGAGGAAAUGUUUAAUCUUCAUUAACAUAAUAAAUAAUGAGAAAAUGAGGCUGAGCAUAAAGGGGAGUUUCUAAGUUCUGUUGUUUCUAUGCAAAUGUAAUAUUUCUGGUUUUAAUAUUUCAUGUAGGCAUUUAAUAGCCUUAUUUGUAGAAAUUUGCAUAUAUAUGCUGCCAUUUUCAACAUGUUGCCAUUCUCGUGUUUACUCAUCCUUAUUUGGAGUAAAAAUAAGCACAACUUCUUUAUUUCUGUUGAUAAUCAUUCUAAAUUUUGAUAAAGUUAAAUUGUUCAACAAAUGUUCUCUUUAAAAAUGUUAGCCAUGCCAGCCAGGGUGGUCUUCAACCUUCUCUCUCCCUCCUCCCCUCCAAAUCCAACCCUGUCUGUGCCACAGCCCUUCCAGACCGCCAGCUGCAGCUCCCCUUCCUCUAUGCCCUCACCUCCGGAAGACCACACAGAUCUCCAGCCUUUCCUCUUGUCUCAGCUCCAGCUUCUGUAGGCACUCCCUUUUGGAACCAGCGGCCACACGGGCCAGGGAAGCAGGGAGAUUAUCUUCAGAUCUGUACUCUCCUUCCCUUGCUGUAAAUCCAGUCCGCAGACUCAUCCCCAGCCUCUGCAGCAGACUGUCAGCUGUGGGUGCUCCUCUCUUGGCCCCCAUUUCCAGAAGACUAAGCAGAGGCUAGUGGAACAACCUGCUUUCCUUCUUCCGGUGGACCUUCUCAGCCCCUGCCUGCAAGCCAGUCUCCCUCCCUAGGUGUCAGUUUCCAAUACUGAGAAGCACAUUCUAACUAGACUCCUCCCCACAAUGGCCACACUUAUCAGGAUCUUGGAAGCAUUCCCUACAACCCACAGCCACUAUACUAAGAACCAGAAGGAGCAACAGGA